UCUGAAGUAAUGGAACAUAGAGGGAUGAACAAGACGGUGAGUGACCAAGCAAUCCAUCUCGAUCUCAUUGCUAAAGCUCGUGGAAUCGCUGCUGGGGAGUCUUACUUUGUCGAUCUUCCGGAAACAUCCAAGACCGAGCUCACCUACGCGUCUCUUUUGAACUGUUACUGCAAGGAGUUGAUGACUGAGAAAGCAGAAGGUCUACUCAACAAGAUGAAAGAGCUCAACAUUACCGUUAGCUCCAUGUCGUACAACAGCCUCAUGACUCUUUACACAAAGACAGGGCAGGCCGAGAGGGUUCCGGGGAUGAUUCAGGAGAUGAAGGCCGAGGAUGUCAUGCCGGAUUCUUACACGUACAAUGUCUGGAUGAGGGCUUUGGCCGCUACCGAGGAUGUUUCUGGGGUUGAGAGAGUUAUUGAAGAGAUGAAUAGAGAUGGUAGAGUUGCUCCUGAUUGGACU